ACAGACUCGGACGGGCUCUGGUACCCUUCACUCUGUGUUGUUUCUACAGAGAGAAGAACUUCUUCAGAGCGACUAAAACAUUGCAAACCAGACCAUCAGACCGGAAGCGAAGACCAAGAUGGGCGGAACGAGAAUGACAACGCUGGUUUUGGUGACGGGAAUGUUGGCAACGCUGCUCCAACCUACCCUCGCUGGGACUCUGAUUGGUGCCUUCAGCAACAGCCUCGGCCCCGAUGAAAUCAUUGAUUACGACGUAUUGCAAGAAGGCAACGGCUUCGAGGAGAGGAAGAUCCCGAGUCUCAACUGGGCGUGCGUGGAGCAGGAGAACGACUCCUCGGAGGCUGACCAGAUGGAGGUCUUCUUCAGGCUUUUCGGCUACUUGGGAGGCAACAACAAAGAGGGUGUUAGAAUGGACAUGGCGGCGCCUGUGAGCAUCGAGUACCUGAAGAACGGCUCUGACGUGACGCUGAGCGGCUGCUUCCUCGUCGAGAAGAAGCACCAGCAGCAGCCUCCGGAGCCCACUGACGCCAGCAUCAAAAUCAAGGUGCGGCCGGAGAUGAACGUCCUCACGAGGAAGUUCGGUGGGUACGCAACCUCCGACUCGGUUUGGCUCCGGGAGACGGCUGCCCUCAAGGCCAUCCUCGCAAGAGCCGGGAAGGAAGCACGCACCGAUCUAAUGUACUGGUGAGUGGACGGUUAAUGGUUAAAGAGCAAUGGUUAAUGGUUAAACAAAUGUGCUAGCACUAUGAAAAAGAACUGUGGCGAAAAGGGUAAAGGUGAGUUAGCGAUUAGAAUAAGUGGACAGCAAAAGGGGGUAAGGAAGAGAAGGAAAAGGAAAGGAGGUGAGGAAAAGACCAAGCGAAAUUAGUUUAGACGAGGGCUGAGGUCCAAGGCAGCGGUGGUCCCCUACAUUGGA